CUCGGCCUUGUCGGAGGGGCUAACGCGGGGGAUUCUUGCAGGUGGGAAUCGGAGGCAUUUCAAAACGCCUGAGCCAUGGUGGCCAAACAGCGGAUCCGGAUGGCUAAUGAGAAGCACAGCAAAAACAUCACCCAGAGGGGGAACGUAGCCAAAACCCUGAGGCCGCAAGAAGAGAAAUAUCCCGUGGGACCAUGGCUGCUGGCACUGUUCGUUUUUGUUGUCUGUGGCUCAGGUCUACUGCAUACACACUGGCCUUUCCUGGAGACUGCCAGAGCUUUCCUGAAAUUGUGACAAUCAGAGGGAGUCCCACACCUCAGGCUGGCAAGUGGGACGUUUGAGGAACUCGACAGCCCUGGAGAAACUCUUCUCUUUCGCCACAAAUGAAAGCCUGUGGACAUCCAUCUGCUCUGGAAUCCCUUCCUCAGGUCUGAGGUGGACGAUUUGGAGAAGACGCCUCAUCCGCCAUUGUGGCUCCCUCAAGGUGACCAAAGCCUCUCUUGUUAUGUGCCUCCCUCUGCCCCGUGCCCCAGCGGAGCACCUGAAGACCUGUUCUUGUCCUCUUUCUCAGAAGUGUCUCUGCUCUCUGCCAUUUAAUGUGGAUAAAGGCCAUCACAUUCUCUGCAAAUAGUAUCCAUUUCCUUUAUGCUGCCUUCCUGCCCUCACCUGCCCCUGGCAUCUCUCUUUUCCACCCUCACCAUCUCUGGAGAAGCACCGGGAAAAGCUACCAGGAAAUGGUCUCUUGCCUUUGACUUCCUUUGUGCUGGUUUGUUUAUAGAGCUUAACGACCCACCUUUGCAGUGUUUUGUCUCCUAACUUUUCUACUUGUCUCUUAGGGGACCCAUAACUAUUCUUACCUAUUCUUACUGGCUCUUUCAGACUUUUUUCAUCCUUUUCAUGUGUUUUAAAUUAACAAUAAUCAAAGCUACGUGAUUCCUAAGGUUGUUCCUCUGGCCUGUCUUAAUCUCUCUUCUCAGCAGUUCCUUCUCUCUUACUGUCAACUAUUUAUUUUCAAUAAAAGCGGCUUUAUGAAGCUUGCUGGUGUCUGGCAGAGCUCCAGCGUUCUGACACUUUCCUCUGGGAUCCACUUGUGUCAUCCCCAGAUCCUCCUGACUCCUUUUUUAUGGCCAGGGUAGGUCAGUUUUCAGGCUAAGAAGUGCAUUAGGAUGACAGGGUUCUAGUCUGUCUUAGUUUCUUAGUGUUGCUAUAACAGAAAUACCACAAGUGGGUGACUUUACCAAAUAGAAAUUUAUUUCCUCACAGUUUAGGAGGCUAAAAGUCCAAAAUGAGGGUGCCAGCUCUAGGGGAAGGCUCUCACUGUGCGCUCCAGGGAAAAACCCUUAUCUGGUGUUUCCUGACGAUCUUCUUGCAGCAUGUACAUACCUUCCCCUCUGCUUGUGCUUGCUUUUUCUGUGCCUGAGCUGCUCUGCUCUUUUUAUCUCAAAAAGUGUUUGGCUUAAGACACACCCUACACUGGCAUGGCCUCAUUAACAUAACAA